AUGUCUAACCCAACCCUUUACUAUUUUGAUGCUCGUGCUCGUGCUGAGACUUCAAGACUACUCUUUGUUUACGCUGGCGCAAAGUUCAAUGAUAAUAGAUCUGGAUUCCCAUUGGCUGAGGAUGUUCGUUCAAAGACACCCUUCGGUCAGGUGCCAUUCCUAGAGGAUGGUGACACCCAACUUGCUCAAUCAAUCGCAAUCGAGAGCUACCUUGCCGAGAAGUUCAAACUUAAUGGUACCACACUAACUGAGCGUGCCCAGGUCCUUCAGUUUGCCCUGGUGCCAGGUGACUUUUACGCACCAUACUUUGCCGCCAAGGAUGACGCUGCCAACCUAAAGUUCAAGGAGGAGACUGCCCCUAAGCUGUUCAAGAAGUUGGAGGACAUCUUGUUUAAGAAGGGUGGUCAGCACUUUGUCGGAAACACAUUGACCUGGGCUGACAUUAGCAUUUUCAAUCUUAUCGAUUUCUUCCAUCAACAACACAGCAACCUUGUCGAAGCUGUGCAGCCAUUCCCAACACUCUUGGCAUUCCACAAACAAGUGGCAGCCAUUCCUCAGUUUGCCGAGUAUCUUAAGAACAGGCCAACAACAAGAUUGUAA